UUUACAAAUUCACGGGCAUUUCUCACAUAAAUAUUGUCGAAGCGCCAUUUUCGUUUUUGUGUUAAAGAGUUCGAAGAGCCAUUUUCGCGCUCCUCUUUCAUCUUGCCUCUGAAAUUCGUCUUGCUCAUUCCUGUGUUCUCAGCGUCGUGCGAUCGAGAGAGAGUGAGAGAGGUUUGGAAGAAGAUGGAGAUGGAUGGGCCUCUCGAUUUCGAGGCCGAAGACCGCCUUCUCAAUCUCAAGUCACCGGCACCCGCCAAAAGAAGGAAGCUCAUAGGUCUAGAUGAUCUUCUCAAAGAUCACUUACAGGAGAACAAAACACUUGAGAUGAAGUCAAAGCGGGCAAAAGCAAGAAAAAAUGACUAUUCAGAUGAUGAUGAGGAUGACAGAGAAGUUAAACUGUCUGAGUGUGUUGAAAAAUGCCAGAGAGAGAUGGGACAGAUAAGUGGGGAGGAUGAGGUCCUCUCAUGGGGUCUUCAAGUUUUUGGAAAUCAGAAAAGUUGGCCAGUAUUGGUAUUUAAUGAGCUUGGAAGUUGUGGAAUUUUGCAGUCUUUCAUGGAAAAUGAACUCAAUUCACUUGUUGAACUUGACAUUGAUAAAGGAGAAACCUUCCUUAAGAAUUUAUUAGUAAAUGGAUGGCUCUUGAAAUUGGUUUUUGCACGUGGUCAUGUAGAAAAACUCAUAGCAACAUGGACAUUUGAUUUGAUGUUGUACUCACUGGAGGAAGCGCUAAGUUCAUCUGCAUGUGACUUUUGGACUGCUAUUCUCUCCUUUAAGACCAAGCAGGGUGAUUUACUGCAUAUUAAAAUUGACUGGUUGCCAAAGUAUUUUGAACUGAAAAGAGCUCUUGAAAUCUAUGGUUUUCUAAUGGAUUUACCAUCCAAAUUUCCAUCAGAUGUGGAAGUGGUGAAUGUGGAUUCUGAUUGUAGGGGACCAUCUCGACAUAUUAGAGCGUGGAUCAAGUUUAUAACUGCUUGUACUCAAGUAAGGAGCACAUAUUCAAUCCUCUCCACUUCAGAAGCAGAAGAGUUGCUUGUUGUGAUUAUCUGUCUGUUUGUAGAUAGACGGGUUCUGGGCCUGUCUGUUAUUUUGUACAAAUGCAUGCUUUCGGUUAUUAAUUUCUUCACUGACACUGAAUGGAAUACCAGCUCUGAGAAAGUAGCCAGAUCUCUUGUUUGCAGAAUUCCUGGGGAUGUGAACUGCAUGAGAAUUGUGGAAAGCAUUUCAGGAGUUGAUGAACGCAGCAAGCACCUCAGGUGCAUAGUGGCCUUUCACUUGCUUGUGUCAUGUUUGGAUGAAAAGGUUUCUGAUGCAGAAGGGAUCCUGAAAUUGCUUAUCUCAAUUAAUGUGAAAGACAGGAGUUGUGACCUUUUGAAACUGUACAUUUUCUUGGUUUUGACUGAGAACUGGCUUUUAUAUACACCCGCAUUAGAUGGCAAACCAGUGGUACUAGAAAUGUGGGGCGUUUUUCUUAGAAACUGUUCUUGCCAAAUUACCAGCACAGAUUUGAGGUGUUAUGCAUCAAAGGUUCGAAGUAAAGCAUCGUAUCUUCUUCAAGGCACCAACAACAAAUGAUUGUUUUAUGUACUGCUAGAUUUUGGAAUUAUAUCCAAUCCAAGGCUGAUGAACAUGGAUGGCUAUUCAAUCGAGGAAGCAGUUCGAACCUGCAAUAUGAAAACUAAUGAGGCACUUGAAGUCCAGUCGACUCCUUUUUUGUUGGGAAACAAAAGUGAGACAUCCAAUUUAGUUGGUUGUUCUAGUCAAGCCGCAUGUCUCAUUCAUUUCUGUUGCAAUGCUUUUUUUGUUUUUUUGUUUUGUUCUUGUGUUGGGGAUGUUCAUAAACUCAUAUAUAUAUAUAUAUAUAUACAUAUAUGUUGCAUGA